AUGUUUCUGUUUCUCUCUGUGCGUGUGUGUUUGGUGCAGUUUUGCCUGGGCAUCGGUUGCAGGCGCUGCCUAGGCUGUGGACUUUUGCUGGGAGAGAUUCUGCGGGGCUGCAGUUUCAACCGAUUCCAUGGACCUUGCUGUGCGGAGCGGUGUGGGGGUGGUGGGGGGAGCAAGGGGACGGUCUCGCCGUUAGUCGUCAACGAUUGUUGCUUCACUGUGUUCCCUUUUUUGUUUUGCUAUGGAUUGCUGUGGCAGGGAUACGAGGGAAUGAGCGACAGUGACACCUCCAGCCUUUACUCCUCCUUUUUCAGUUGCGAGGCCACUGCACUUCCGGUGGAGCCUCAGUGUGAGUUACCGUGUAUUAUGCGUUGCAUGCGUUUUAACAGGCUUUCCCUUCCGUUGAACUUUGCUCUUUCUCCGCGUGUGGUUUGCCGUUGUUAG